UUCAAUCUACCAAACAGAUUUUGAAAGCAGAUUUCACUGUUAUAUUCAAAAAACCUCUCCUAUUAUUUCUGAGAUGAUGUAUUCAGAGCCACUCCACACACACACACACACACACACACACACUUCACUGAAGAGGAGUAAAUACCAUUCACAGCUCAGCGCUGUAUAAGACAUCAAAGCUCUCUCUCUGUUCCAAACUCUGAGUACUGCUGUCCCUUUGUUAUGGGCAAACACUGCACAAACAUUUUAACUAAUCUAUUAUUAUACUUUCCUCUUCAGGGUUUUUGUGAUCAGAUUCUCCGCAAAAUUUAUAUACACUUAUCUUCAUCUUAAUAGUUCCAUUGAUAAAUUUACUGAUAUGCAGUAAUGGGAAAUGGUGUGUUGCAGUGAAAGAGAUGUCUAUUUUGGUUUCUUUUAUGCAAUGCGUUGUAUAUACUUUCAGCAUUUUUUUCUUCUAUUAAUUCCCUUUACGUUACUCCAGGUCCAUGACCCCCCCCCCACGCCUCCCCCACGGUCCCUGCUUUUCCUAAAGGUCCACUAAGCUUUACAUGUUGAAAUAGUAAUUCAAACUGUUGAAAUAGGUUAAUUAGGUACUCUUUGAUAUUCAUACACGACACAUCAUAAGGGCUUCUGUCGCCGUGACAACUGUCACUAAUGGAGAAGGAGUUGGAGCCCCUCCUCCAUGCUACAUAACCCCUCUCUUUGAGGUGGCCUUUCAGUCUCUUCUGCUCUGUCUCCAUCUCUUUAUUGCUGGGUCAGAGAGAGAGAGAGAGUGCUGUUAUCUGAUAUGUGAACAGACUGUCAGCAUGUCUACAGGCUGUGUGAGGUCACUCUCGGAGACAGUAGAGCACAGACUUGCCACGAAAGAGCGUCCCUAUGAGGACAGUGAGAUGGACAGACAGAAGCACAGCACUGAGGACAAUCAGCAGGACGAACUGGGACAAAAGAAGCCACGGAGGAAAGACACGCCUGUCCUUAACUCCCCUCCACUCAUACCGGGAGUAAGGUUAAUGAAAGGAGAACCACGCUUGAUUCACUUGGAGGAUGAAGAAAAGGAAGCAAAGAAAUAGAUUUAUUUUUAGAUUUUGAAAGUGUUGUAUGCAUCAUGUUUAUUUUACAUUUUAUUGUCUUCUGCAUGUGUUCGUACAUGUCGUAAUGAAACCUUUUCAAUUUUUGGGUUACUUUUCCAUGUCUCAGAGAUUUAUGGCUUAGAAAUACAAAUUUUCUGCAAAAAU